AUGGAGGCAGUUGCUGUCAGCAUUGUUCUUCCUUCUGGAGAAGUGGUGGCACAGCUUUCAGUGAAUCCGCAGAAGCCGGUCUUGCAGCUGAAGACACAAAUCGCAGGUCUUGAAGGCACGCCUGUGGGCAACCAGAUCCUACUUCUUCAUGACAAACAGGUAGACGAUGGUGACACACUUGACAGCCUCGACAUCACCUCGUCAGCGACCUUCAUUUUGUUGCGCCGGGCGCCGCUGCUCUCUGGAGCCAUCAACCGUGAAGACCUCGACCACCUUCUGCAGGACAACUUGGCCCUCCAGCAAGCUAUCGAGGCUUACAGCAAUGACCUGCAGUACCUACCUGCAGAUAUUGCUGCAAUGUCCCGACAAGUCAUGGAAGGACUAAUCGCCAGUGGAUCCGUUCCGGAGAUGCCACUGCCAGAAAUUCUGGAAGAUCAGUGGAAAGAUCUUUUGGAUCAAACGGGCAAGGCCCGGCAGGUGGCAUUUUCAAGGGUGCUGCGGGCCGAGCUCGAAAAGAUUGCAUUCAGCGUUCCGCCCGGCGCUUCUCCCGGACCUGCGCUACCAGCGCCGGCUCACCCACGCUCGGCGCCUGCGGUUCUGCCCACACCUGCCCCGGCAGCUGGCCGGAAAGACCCCAGCUGCUAUACCGAAAGACUACAGCCGGAUGCCGUCCACUCGGUGCAGGAGCAAGGUGCCGCGACAGCAGACCCCAGCUUGCGGCAUGUUGACCUUCCGCAGCGCGUUGGCAAACCUGCCGGGCCCUGGACAGGAGCGGGGCAAGAGCUGAAGGAGUUCCUGCACCGACGAUGGUCUCUCUGUGAGCGCCAGGAUGUUGUCUGA